AUGUACGCUUAUCUUGAAUCGAUGAAUGAAAACGUCAUCUAUGUGUACAUAUAUAGUUGGGUCUGGGUUUGCAAAACAUGCCAAGCUUCAAGUCGUGCACUUAAAAUAGCCUGUCUUGCACUCAAAGGUGAAGGCGUGAUUUUGGGACACACGUUCUUAUUCCAAGAUUAUAACUCUUGUCUGCAAAUAAUCAAAGUUGAUACUCACUACCUCUGCUUUCUCCUUACUACACUAAUGUGCAAAGCCACUGCUGAGCUAUUGAAAGCAACUCCGACCCGAAUCGAAUCAGGCAUCGUGCAUCACACCCAAAGUUUUCGGUCCGAUAUUGACGAAGGUUUAACCGCCGAUCAGCGACUAGUCUUGAAGGUGCCCAAGUAUCAAGAUAAACUAGCUCAAAGAUUUCUCAAGCAUCUCUUGUCGUCUCCCAAGUUUGAUCGACUCUACUUUUCCCAAAAUUACCGACUGGCUCAUCUUGCCCAACGUGAAAAGAGCUCGGCCCUUGCAGAAGAUUACAUCACAAAAGCUUUAAGAGAGCGGGGGUUAAAAGGUUUGGAGCAUACAGUAAGACUGCAGGUAUGGGGGAACUAUGCCAAUGUAUGCUGGAAAGACUUGUCAGGAGCUGCAGUGACCCAUUACAUAGAGACAGUUAUCAAUAGACUGAUAGCCGACACGCAUGGUGCCGAAUUGGUCGCCACAAAAUAUGCACAGGCCGUUUCAAAGGGGAAUUACGGAGUCAUCCUCGAUGAUGAGGCAGAUGACUUACUCUUCUUAUUGUUACAGCUUGAGGAUGGAAUCAUCCCAAAGUUCCUCAUUCCAUACGGAGGGUUCACUGAACUUCGCUAUCAAUCCUUGAUGAAAUUUGUCAAUGCAGCUUGCAAACAUUAUAACAUCCCUCCAGAAAAAGUCCCCAAGGUGUACCGGGGAUUCCCGCAUCUCUACAUAGAAGAUGAGAACAGGCAUCCCUACGACUACGAUGAGGGCUUUGGAUAUAUUCCAGAAGCAGAAAGGGUGAGAUACAUGGAGCAAUCGCAAGAACUGGAGAAGGCGCUGAAAGAUGACGCAGGGAAGGCGUUUAGAGCGGAUGCUUGGGAUCAUCCUACAUUUAAAGAAGGUCUGGACGCAUUGAGGAACAUGAUUGACAAAGCGGACUAUACCGCUAUUGCUGUAUUAACUUCACCUGCUCCGUUAACUCAUCUACUCGAGGAGAACCCCGAAAGAGCAAAAAAGGUUGGUGUGACAAUGGCAAGUCCGUGGUGUUAUUCCUUGAAGGAAGAUGGUGUUCUUUACUCUUACACAUACAACUCAGGGAUCAACCUAAAAGCAAUGAAGGGUUUACUCAAGUCGGGUGCAGACUUCAUAGGUGUCGGGGGAGGUACUGCCAAGACAAGAGGAAUGCGAACAGUUCACGAUUAUCGCCACGGAAGUCAACAAGCAGGGCUAUACCCUGAUGUGGGCAUCAAAAACCUGGAAAAAGUCAUAUCCACCAGGUCAUCUUUUAGGAUGUUCAAGAUCAUCGCGCAUGCUGGUGAAAAUAUGACCACGGGAAUUUGGAGAGUAUGGGAUCAAGAAUUUUCAGAGCUUUGGAAAUUUCUUGGCAUCGAAGAAAUCAAGAGACCUGGUCUAAAAAAACUAAGGCAGAGAUCAGGAGCUAUUCUUGCUCUCAUCGAAAAGGAGGAAGUGAUGCGAAGAAGGGGGAAAGUAGCCCGAAAGAUUGCAGAGGGAUUUUUGUCGGUGCCUGAAUCCGGCGUGCAAUCGGAGGGAAGAGAAAAAGCUCCCCAGGCGGCCUCCUGGGGACUAGAUAAGGUGCUGACUCUGUGGAAGAUAUGGUAUCUGUGGGGUAAUGUGGUACAGUGGCAAGCCGCCUCUGCAGACCUACAUGCAAUUAUCACCAGUAGACUCUCCUAUGUAGAAGAUAUUCUGGGAGCAAUUCGGUACAAGUCAGAAGCUUGGAAUGAUCAAUUUGAUACCAAGGAAAAACCCUACUCCACUGAAGGAAGACUAGAUAAACUGAAAAGUGAACCUAGACCUAUGCUAUGUCCUAGGAUGUUAGGGUACAGUUCCAGAGGAGCUUGA